AUGAAGCCACAAGCCGAUCCUCGGCGCAAUCGCCCAUCCGCAGAGCAAAACGGCAGCACGUCUGCGGCUUUUGCCUUCGCAACGGAGCCAACAGAGCUAUGUCAACAUCCUCAGCCAGUCCCGCCCACGAAUGGAGCAAACCUUGAUACGAAAUUGAUCGCCAAUUCUGUUACGCCAGCGCCGACCAGUCCACACAGCACGACAAACAUACCCUCAAGCGGCCAUGAAGAUGAUGAAGUGACCCCCGCUGCGGCGGGCGCAGCAGCUGAUGAGAUCGACCAAUUGGAGAACGAGGUGAUCCACUUUAUGAACCUUUCAUUGGAAGAGAAAGAGAAAUCAGAGAUGCUCUCUGGACGUCUCGCAUCGGUGACACAGGAGAAGGAGCAUCUGGAGCGUCAGGUUGACGAGCUUGAUCAGGAUCUUGGCAGCGAUGAGUGGCAGGACAGUGAAAUCCUUCCCGCCGAUACGGGAGAUGCGAUAUCACGACUGAACGCGAAGAUCACCAAGCUGAGAGCCUCAGCUCAGCAACAUGAGAGUGACUUGAGCACUCUGACCAAAGACAAUGACCAACACACCAAGACUAUCACUCAGCUGGUAUACCAACUCAGCUUCGCAAGAGAUGAGCUCGCCCAGAAGACACAGGAAGAAGAGCGUCUGCGCAAGGAACUCGAGCACACUACAAAGACUCUGAAAUCCGAAGAACAGACCAACGAAGAGCUGCUGGGUGACAUAAAGGCAAUCGAGCAAGAGUGCGAUGAGCUCCGCACGUCGAAUGCCUCGAGUGGGAAGAAGCUGGCCGAUGCGGAGCAGACUGCAGAUACUCUGAGCGAUUUGGUCAAGCGAAAGAUUGCCGAGCUGCAGAAUGUCCAAAAAGCUGGGGCAGCUCAGGCUGAGAAGAUGCGUCUGGAGAUCGAUCUCAAGCAGAAAGAAAUCGAGCGUUUGAAGACGGAAAAGACCACUAUCAGGGCCAGAUGCGAGGGAUUUGAGCCUGCUCCCAAGAGAAUGAAAGUAGGAUGGAGAUUAGUAGAGCCAGACGAGGUGGUUGAAACCGUCUCCCCCGAUGAAGACAAGGAUGACAAGAUCAAGAAGCUCACUGAGGAGCUCCAGCGUCACCAGAAACGCCGCGUGCGUGCUAUUGCCAUUGCCAUCGACCUCAGCGGCAGCGCGGCCGGCAGUCUCACCGAAGGCAUCAAACGCUUCUAUGCCCAUCUUCUCAACGAGCUUAAGAGCUCGCCUUGCCAGACCUACAUCAUGACGGUCGUCCAUGGGCCUGGUAACACUGCGACUGUGAAAUCCCAGUUUAGUGAUUCCUGGGCCACACAUGAGAGCGUGCUAGCCGAUCAACAGGCCAUUGGACGUCAGCAACAUGUUGCAUGCCUCAGGAAGAUCAAAGAAGUGGCAGUGACAACAGGACUGGUCCUAGAUCUGCAGGUUGUUUUGAUUGGAGAUGGUGAUACCGAUGGGGACUCGCCUGAUGGAUCGCGUGCUGUCUGUACAGAUUUCGCUUCCAGCAACCCGACAGUUCACAUCCAUUCGGCCGUGGUAAGAACAGGGAGUGCGGAGGAGAGUGAUAAAUACUGGAGCAACCUGGAGCAGUGGCACACCUGGAACUAUGCGAGCGGCACCGGAGGUAACAUGAUGGUUUGGUGGCAGAAUAAUCCGCUUCCCGAUCUGAGGGAUCUCGUACUCUGA